GAGGGCUCCGGCCAUGUCGGGAGCGCGCACGCCCAGCUGAUUAGCAACUGUGACGCCAAAACCCAGCCAGUGCUGUGGAUGUUACACUUUAAACAUGUUUGAAUCCCUGAAAAGUGCAAUAAAUGGCCCUAACGCUUGGUCGGAGAGCCGAGAGGAGUUAAAGGAGAAGAAGCAACCGGUGUCCAAGUCUCCUGCGCUUACAGGAAACCGUGUUACGGAAAAGAGGAAGAGGAAGAAGAGGAAGAAGAAACAGCAACAAGCGCAAGAAAGCGAGAAACGCUCCGUUCCAGAGCCCCGGCCCAUCUCCCCCGGGGAAACCCUUUCAGGUCACGGAAGGAAGGAAAAGUCCGGUAACGAAAGUAAACCGAUUGUAAGAGGAAUCUUUCAGAUCGGCAAGAAAAGCCACGACGUGGUUCUCACGUCCACUCGGGUCACGUGGACGCGCAUCCAGCCCGAGAGCCCUGCAGGAGAAGCUUCACAAACGAAGCCUGUCGAGGACUUUGUGGAGUUGAAGGACGUGUUUGCGGUGAAGGUGAAGCGACGGCGUUCGGCCGGUCAGCAGAGCGGAGGCACGCUGCUUGGCAUCACUUUGUUCUUCUGCAAACGCAAAGGAGCUAAACUCAAAGAUGACACCAUCCACCUGGACAACCUGAGUGUGGAUCACUGUGAAAUCUGGUUCAAACAUCUCAAAGAAAUCCUCAACGGUUUUAAGCAUCGUCCCAAGUCUCUGAAGGUCUUUGUGAACCCGAUAAGCUACAAGAAAGAUGCAUACCAUAUCUACAAGGAUCGGGUAGCUCCACUGUUAAAGCUCGCCGAUAUACAGACUGAUGUCACUGUCACAGAGAGAAAAGGCCAUGCUCUGUCCAUCCUGAAGGAGUGCAGCUUGGACCAGUAUGAUGGGGUGGUUUGUGUAGGUGGAGAUGGCUCUGUAGCUGAAGUUGUUCAGGGAUUGUUGCUUCGAGCGCAGAUGGAUGCUGAGAGGGACAGACAAUCCGCCUUCAUGCCCAUCCCAGCAUCGCUUCCUCUAGGUGUGAUACCAGCAGGUUCAGCCAAUGUUGUCGCGUGCUCCGUAAAUGGUGUGAAACAUCCUGUAACUGCAGCACUGCACAUCAUCCUCGGUCACAGACAGCCAGUCGACAUGUGCAGCUUGAGCUCGAUGGGUGUGCUCCUGCAGUUCGGCUUCUGUGUGAUGGUGGGUUUUGGUGGUCAAGCUCUGACUGUGGCGGAGAGACUGAACUGGAUCCCGCCCACACAGAGACAUGAACUCGCUCUCGUCACUGCACUCGCUCAGCUCAGACCUGAAGACUGUGAGUUGUCCUUUAUACCCAGCAGCACUGGAGAAUCAGAUCACACCCAGAGUGAGCUGGAGGAGGACCUAAGUGACGUUGUAGAAGACGCUGACUGGCAGGUCCGCAGAGGUCUCUAUCUCAGCUUGACCAUCACAUCCAUCCCCUGCUUGUGCUCUGUGGCUCCUAAAGGCCUUGCACCGUUCACCAGGCUGAACAACAACAGCAUGGCGCUUACUGCUGUAGCAAACACUUCCAGGUCAGAGUUCAUCAAGCACCUGAAACGCUACAGCAGCUCUAAUAAUCCGUUCAGUUUCUCGUUUGUGGAGGUGCAGCGUGUACAGGCGGUGAAGCUGGGGCCGUGCUCUCGCCAUGACGACGAGCAGCGUGAUUCCAAACACACUGCCAUCAUUCCCUCUGAGGGAACUCUAACCUGGAACAUCGACGGAGAGCUGCUGGAUGUGCAGGGGGAAGUGCUCAUCCGGGUUCAUCCUAAACUCCUGGAACUGUUCGGCACAGACGUUGAGGAAGCAGAGGAGCCGCCAGUUAACUGCAGCUGCAUUUAAUCAUCUACACUGUGUUCCACACAGAGUAGCUCAUGGCUAGGCUGCAUUUUUGGGGCACAUUCGUGCACCUUUGGGGUAAAAGCAGUCCAUUUAGAGCUACAAAUUUAGUUUAGUUUAUUGCUCAGGUAAACCGGUAAACUAGUGAGGAGUUAGC